GGCCGUUACAAAUAACAAGGUAGUAGUAGGACGCUCGACCUCUCUCUGACUUGCACGAGGACUGACCGCUGUCCAGGUUGUCUUGGCUAAUAACAGAAUUUUGUCAAAAGUGUAAUGGCGGUUGCCCAGACCGUGUUUGUUGUCCUGUUGUCCGUACUGGGAGCGUAUAUUGGUCACCAAGUCUGGUUGACCUUCACCCGGCCGUCCGUAGAACACAUGGUGGUCAAGCAGCUGGUCGAGAAUGAGGAACUGGUGAAACACUCGGACGUUUUCACGAAGCGGGAGAUCGUCAAGGUUACCGAUAACGCCUAUAUGGCCAUAGGUUUCGCGCUUGGGAACUCAAUAAUGCUGAUAGCCCCAGAGGGUCUCAUCAUUGUCGAUGUCACUGAAAGUAUUGUAGCAGCUAAGGCUAUACUAGAGGAGUUCCGAAAGAUUUCUAAGAAGCCAAUCAAAGCCCUCGUCUAUACUCACAACCACGCUGAUCACAUCGGUGGUGCUCAGGCGUUUAUCGAGGACGUGAACCACCCACCGGAUAUAUGGGCACACGAACUGCUGCCGAACGAGGUGAACAAGUUUUAUACGGCAUCAUUUGGCGCCAAAUUCCAACGAUCCAUGCGACAGUUUGGCGUAUUUGUAAAGAAACGACUGAACGCGGGGAUAGGUCCGGUGGUCGAAUAUGGGACAGACGAUAACUCGUUUGGAUUUGUGAUGCCAAAUAAAUUCGUCAAUAAGCCGGAAACUCGAGCCACCAUUGCAGGUCUUGAAGUAACGAUAAUGCACAUCCCCGGUGAGACUAACGACCAGAUCGGGGUUUGGGUUCCAUCCUGGCGAAUGAUGAUGUCCGCAGAUGAUAUCUACAAGGCAUAUCCAAACAUCUACACCAUUCGGGGGGCCCCGGCCCGGGACCCCGUGGACUGGUAUACAUCCGUACAGAGAAUCAUUGAUUUGAAACCGGAGUAUCUUGUCCCGAGUCACACUCGCCCAGUGACAGGCAACGAGAACAUCAACGCCAUUCUGGUGCCUUACAGGGAUGGGAUCCAAUACAUACACGAUCAGGCUCUCCGCUUCAUCAACAAAGGCUACGUACCUGAUGACGUCGUCAAGUACGUCACACUUCCCAAAAAACUUGCCAUGCACCCUUACCUGCGGGAGUUUUACGGUACGGUAAAUUGGUCAGUGAAGGGUGUCUUUCAGCUGUAUUUGGGGUGGUUCAGUGGUGACCCCGUCGACCUUUUCCCCCUGUCGUCCUCAGACAAGGCUAAAAGAAUGGCGUCGAUGGCCGGUGGGAUAAACGGUCUCUUGGCGGAAGCCGUGCGCGCGUGGAACGACGAUGACGUCCAAUGGGCGUUAGAAUUAGCGUCAUAUGUUCUACACAUUGAUAAGGACAACACGGAUGCCAAGAAAAUAAAGGUUCAGGCUUUGACCUCUCUUGGGUCACAGCAGAUCAACGCCAUCGCUCGGAAUUACUACCUAACGGAAGCCAGAGAAGCGCUAGGGGAGAUAACUCUAGAGGUAAACGACCAGGGUCGGAAGGACAUGAUUGAAAGCCUCAGUAUGGAGAACCUGUUCCAUGCAAUGUCCACGCUGUACCGACCAGAAACGUGCGGCACCAAGGAAAUGCACGUGGUUUAUGCAUUUACUGACACGGGCACCACACUGUCUAUACAGCUACGGAAUGGCGUGGCCAUUGUUAGGGCAGACCACAUCCCCGCGCGGCCUCAUGUCAAGGUCGUUACUGCCGAGAGCACAUUGCGUGAUGCCAUGAUAAACAAAAUGACUACUCUUGGAAGUUAUCCUCAAACAGAAAUGCAAAUUGAAGGAGGAUUGAACAAACUGAAGGAGUUUAUGAACUGUUUUGAUAAAAGUUUCACGGACUGAUUUAUUCGGGGAAGGAAGCUUAGUACUAUUGCUACUAAUUAUAUCUAGAUAUUUAUACAUACGAAUAAACCUACCUUGUUUUAACUCGUAUAGGUACAUUGAUCGUUAGGGUGCUUGAUACUGCGUACAGAUUUGAUUUCGAU